CAAAAAUAAAAUAUUUUUACGCGACUUCAAAUGACCGAUAUAAGGACUUGAGCCACAAGCAUUCCCUCCCCUUCUACCCCCUCAAGUGUGGCCACAGCUGUGAUUUUUAUAAACAAAUUUAAGAAAAUUUUCCGAGUUUAAGAAAUGACAUGUCGAAUCGAACAACACGAUAAAGACCGGAUAUAAGAAAAAACCUUUCCAUCUCAUCUGGAUGCAACAGGACAGUUUUUCUAUCCAGAGAUGAUGAAUAAUUCUCCGGAAGUUUCCCUCAAUAUAUUGAUUGGAGUGACAGGAAGCGUAGCCGCAAUCAAAGUCCCGGAAUUGUUAAAAUGUCUCGAAACGAGGUUGAAUGCUAUCAAUAAAAAAAAUUGUAUCAAAAUAGUAGCGACGGAUAAAGCGCUUCAAUUUUUUUCUCCUCACACCCUCGCUAACCAGGAUUCGCAACCUUAUAAAGUCUACAAGGAUUGUGAUGAAUGGGACCACUGGAAGACCAGAGGUGAUCCAAUCCUACAUAUAGAGCUGAGAGAUUGGGCUGACAUAUUUCUGAUUGCCCCUCUAGACGCUAAUACCUUAGCCAAGGUGGCAAAUGGGUUAUCCGACAAUCUACUAACCUGCAUAAUCCGAGCAUGGGACAUUAGCGCCACAUUUCAAAAGCAGAAAAUAGUUCUAUUCGCCCCGGCUAUGAACACAAAAAUGUGGACGCAUCCUAUCACGGUCAAACAAAUUUGCGUGGUGACCCAAGAAUUUGGAUUCAAACAGAUCCAGCCCAUAGAUAAAGUUUUGAUGUGCGGAGAUGUAGGUAUGGGAGCCAUGGAGGAACCGGAAAUGAUCGUGAGCAGAAUAAUCUCGGAGUUACAAAACUUUGAUUGACUCUAUCUUAUUCGAUAUUUGUCAAAUACCCUUUUCCGCCCAAACUAUGUGAUGUUGUUCUUAGAAAAUUAACCAUAACGCUGGUUUGUAUAAUAUAUCGAUA